CGGUCACGACAGGCUUCGGCAGUAGCAAGCGUAGGGUACAAUGCGCGAGUGCUAGGCCUGUCAGAAGUGUUGUUUACGGAUGUCAGCGACUGAAUAAUAUUCGAACGAUUGGCUGAAGCUUUCUCCGUGGAUGUGUGCGCUCAAUUGAGCCCACCGUGGUCGAAGGAAAUAAUGAGUUUGAAGCCUGGCAAAAAGGACACGAAAAUGCGGAUCCGUGCAUUUCCCAUGUCUAUGGACGAGAAGUACGUACAGAACAUCUGGCUCAUGCUUCGAAAAGCCAUCCAGGAAAUACAAAAGAAAAACAACAGUGGACUGAGCUUUGAGGAAUUGUAUCGCAAUGCUUACACCAUGGUACUGCACAAGCACGGGGAGAGGCUCUACACAGGGCUAAGGGAGGUAGUGACAGAGCAUCUCGUCUGCAAGGUUCGGACAGAUGUCUUGGCCUCCCUGCACAAUAAUUUUCUUCAAACUCUAAAUGAAGCGUGGAACGACCAUCAGACCAGCAUGGUUAUGAUAAGGGAUAUCCUUAUGUACAUGGACCGUGUGUACGUGCAGCAGAACAAUCUAGAUAACGUCUACAACUUGGGCAUGAUCAUAUUCCGCGAUCAAGUCGUACGAUACGGCUGUAUCAGGGAUCAUCUACGAGACACGCUGCUGGGCAUGGUGAUGAGCGAACGUCGAGGGGAAAUCGUUGAUAGGCUAGCGAUCAAGAAUGCAUGCCAGAUGCUGGUGCACCUCGGUAUCGAUUCUAGGGCGGUGUAUGAAGAGGAUUUUGAACGUCCCUUCCUCGCCCAGUCGGCGGAGUUCUAUAAGAUGGAAAGCCAGAAGUUCCUAAGUGAGAACAGUGCUUGCGUGUACAUCAAGAAAGUCGAACAGCGCAUAAACGAAGAGGCGGAGCGGGCAAAGCACUACCUCGAUGAAUCUACGGAGGAUCUCAUUGUGAAGGUGGUUGAGAAGGAGCUCAUUACCAACCACAUGAAGACCAUCGUUGAGAUGGAGAAUUCUGGUGUUGUUCACAUGUUGAAGAACCAAAAGACGGAAGACCUAGCACGUAUGUUCCGGCUAUUCAACCGCGUACCCGAGGGCCUCAAGACCAUGGUGGAAUGCGUUAGCCAGUACUUACGGGAGCAGGGGAAAGCGCUCGUCACUGAGGAGGACGGCGGCAAGGGAGAUGCCCUGAGCUUUGUUCAGAACUUGUUAGACCUGAAGGAUCGCUUCGACCACUUCCUCUACCACUCCUUCAGCGGGGAGCGGCAGUUCAAGCAGAUGAUUGCGAGCGACUUUGAGUACUUUCUGAACCUGAACCGGAAGUCUCCCGAGUACCUGUCCCUGUUCAUCGACGACAAGCUCAAGAAGGGAGUGAAGGGGAUGACCGAGCAAGAGAUUGAGCAGGUCUUGGACAAGACGAUGGUGCUCUUUCGCUACCUGCAGGAAAAAGAUCUGUUUGAACGCUACUAUAAGCAGCAUUUGGCAAAGCGUCUGCUUCUGAACAAGAGUGUUUCGGACGACUCCGAGAAGAACAUGAUCUCGAAGCUCAAGACCGAGUGUGGCUGCCAGUUCACGUCAAAGCUGGAGGGCAUGUUCAAGGAUAUGUCUGUGUCCAACACGAUGAUGGAUGAGUUCAAGACGCACGUACUCAUGUCGAAUACCAACUUGUAUGGCGUUGAUCUGAAUGUAAGGGUGCUGACGACGGGGUUCUGGCCGACGCAAGCAUCCACUCCCAAAAGCAACAUUCCUACUGCGCCUCGGAAUGCGUUUGAAGCAUUUAGAAGAUUCUACCUAGCGAAGCACAGCGGCCGACAGCUGACGCUGCAGCCGCAACUCGGCUGGGCUGACCUGAACGCAGUCUUCUACGGCCCAAAGAAAGAAGAGACCAGCGAUGCGUCUUCGAGCACAGCCCUCUUACAGCCUCCCAAUCCCGUCCCAAAGACGUCCCCGGCUCCUCGAAAGCACAUCAUACAGGUGUCAACAUACCAAAUGUGUGUGCUAAUGCUGUUCAACAACCGCGAUCGACUGUUGUAUGAAGAGAUAGCCUCAGAGACAGACAUACCGUUGAAGGACCUGGUGAGGGCACUCCAGUCAUUGGCGAUGGGCAAGCCUACCCAGCGCAUACUCGUCAAAAGCCCCAAGACCAAGGACAUUGAGCCAAACCACACAUUUACGGUGAAUGACUCUUUCACUUCAAAAUUGUACCGAGUGAAAAUUCAGGCUGUCGCAGCUAAGGGAGAAUCCGAGCCAGAGAGAAAUGAAACACGUAGCAAGGUCGACGAGGACCGCAAACACGAGAUAGAGGCGGCCAUCGUCAGAAUAAUGAAAGCUCGAAAGAAGAUGCAGCACAACGUCUUGGUAGCUGAGGUGACUGAGCAGCUAAAGUCUAGGUUCUACCCAAGUCCGGUGGUUAUUAAGAAGCGAAUUGAGGGCCUCAUUGAGAGGGAGUACCUCGCGAGGACCCCUGAAGACAGGAAAAUCUACACCUACGUGGCUUGAGUUGGCAGUAGUCGACUCCCCUGCACAGCACCAGAGGGCAGCAGAGUAGAACACGUUUACCCCCCAUCAGCGAGACUGUGUUUGUUUUGCUCUGAAAACUGUGCCCUCUUGGAACCUUGAAAAUCCCCCCCCCUCUUGAACCAAAGUGCAGCAGACUCUGAAUGCCGGUCGACCACGGCAGUGAUGGUUUGCGUGACAAAUUCCCCACAAAAAAGGGCACUGGCCGUGCCACCCUGUCUGCAGCCGGACCAGUGGGACGACCUAGUCCCCGGACUUUUCAAAGGGGGGAACAUGCAAGGAGAGCCGCUCCUCCGUUACGCAUGCCUUUUAAUUCCUAGAUAUAUUAAAAAAAACACGAGGGGUGAAGCAGAGCUCUCUCUCUCUCUCUCCACCAGAUGGUUUCCGUCACAUGUGUGAAACGAGCGUGUGCGCGCGUAUCUUGCGUUCGGUAGCGGAAGAGAGGUAAGUUCGUGACGUCCCAUUGUUCUGACCCCCCCCCCCCCCCCCGUUUUUUUUCUGUCCCUUGUUUGUGAAACGACGGAGCCGCUAAAGCCGCACGGGAGUUGAGGAAAGGCUUGUUUCCAUCACCGAGCAUUCCCAAUGUAGCCCACGUCUGUACCGAAGCUCGAUUCCCGUUGCUAACUCUUUUCCCGUGGAACCAAUCUCCUGUGUACUGCAGUGGUCUAAACCCGCAGUGGUCUAAACCCGCAGUGGUCUAAACCUGCCGUGGAAUGGUGGUCCGUUUUUAUCGUUUUUGUGGCUUUGCACAUGUGCCCCUCACCCCCCUCCUCCUCCCCCGAGACUUUAAUCAAUGGGGCAGACAGAGGCGUGAUGCUUUAAAAUUUUGCUGCUUUUCGUCAGUAAGUUAUGUUUGUAUAUUUAUUGUAUUUCUUUUGCCUACAUCAUCCUUGAAAAGUGACUGGUUAGCAUUCAGCUCUUCAUUUGUCGUGCGCAGUGUGUUGACGAACAACAUGUGCUGUGGUGUUACUCGUGUAAACUGGCCUUUUUUUUUUUCCGUAACUUGCAAUCAGACCGCGGCUGUUCCGUUGGAUGUCCAGCGGGUUAAUUGCAACUUGUGGUAAAGUAAAUCUGUUUAUUUGCGUGUAAUUAUAGUACUUGAACAUUUGAUGGAGUUAUGGAACCCAAACUGCCAUACUCUACGAAGCAGCUGGGACACGUUUAAUCGGGGAAAAUCUGAAGUCCACGGAGACUAAACGUGGAACUAAAAUUGAGAAGCACUCCUAUUGGGUUGGUUUUUCUACGCUAGAAUUGCUGUAUAACCGCCAGGUAAAAAAAUGCUCAGUAGAGUUUCCUUCGGGUAUGUGUGUUUUCUAGGUCAACCCUCGAGUCAAUAGGUUUCAGUUUGGACUGGUACCAGUGUGUACCUAUUUGUUUUCUUUUUCCUCAAAUUUGGGAUCUGUACAUAUUUUGUGACAUGUACAUAACUCGAACUGCAGUAAAGGAUUCUUCCGUGA